CAUCCAGAAAACCCUAAUCAGACUCACGCCCAUCUCCUUCCCCUCAUCAUCCGGCCUUUCCUCUCCGUCGUUAUUUGUAAAGAAUGCCUUGCGGUAUAACGGCGAUUGUGCCACCGGUAAAGCCACUUAAAUAUGAUUUUUCGAAGGUUUGCCCCUGCAACGAAUGUUCGGAGAAGACAAAGGCGAUUGUGGAAUUUGAGAACUAUCUACAGUCCAAAUUUGCCCUAAUCCGGGCACCUUAUAAACAACUGUUUUUUGAUCUCCAAAGCUUUACGAAUCUUUCAUCGGCCUUUUUGGAGACAACAGAGACAUGGACUUGUCUUCAACAUAGCCUUAAAAGUCUACACUAGAAGUCUGGGGUCCCGCUCACAAGAAUUAAAUCUGAAGAACAUAUAAGAGUUGUAUUCAAUCAAACUGGUACUUUCCUAGUAAAUGAAGGGUUACUGGAUAAAUUUGUGCUUCAAGAUGAAUGUGAGGGUCAUGAUGAUAAACCCAGUCAUCUUGAUAAGAAAAUAUAUGCUAUGUUUGUGUGGUUCGAAUCCACCAAAUUUCAGGAUGUUGUGCAUAACAUCCUCAAGAAGAUGAAAGAGCUUGAAAAUCAAGAUGAUCAAGAUGGGAAAUCUGCUGAAGAAGGAAAAAUGUCUCUGAACCUUUCACACUCUAAGAGGCACUUGGACAAUCAAUUGAAGAUUUUUAAAGAGUUGCCAUUUGAAGAUAUGUGCCUAGAGAUUAAAAUGCUUGUGGGGAGAGGAGUAAGUAAAGAAUAUAAAAACUUGGUUGAAGAUGCUAUGGAAGCAAUCUGGGAGACUUAUUGUGCCCGGGUUGCUAUUAGAAAGAGGUUUCACGAACAAUCUGAAAUGAUCUCUUGCCACCGUGAAUUGGGAGAUUUUCUUGAUUCUUUACUCAAUCAGGCUAAAUCAUUUAGAGAAGUGUGGGCCAGUAUUGAGCAAAGACUCUUUGCUCCAUCUGAAGAACCAGACCCUAAGAAACAAAAGUCAUAUCACUCAGAGCAAACGUGCUCUUAUGUAAAAUACCGAUCUAGGAAGACAAUGAUCGAUUUGAACGGUGGUGUGGCAUGAUGAGUUAAUGUGAAAGACCUUGACCGGUUAUUUAUAUUUAUAUUUUAAAGUCAGUUAAAUUUGAGCAAGUCUCUUUUGUUAAUAUUAGUAAAUCCAUGAUAGUAUGAUACAUGUGGAUGUAAUUAUUUAGUUAUUAAGGAGUCAUAUUUUUAUGAGUUACUUUUCAGAGGGGCGUUAGAGUGUGGUUGUCUAAACUUCUCCCAGGAAUUCGUAUUUAGUCUAUACAUAUGGUUUUGUGCCAUGAACUUAUUAAUUGAACAUUGUAGACAGAUGUUCC